AUGAUGAAGAGGUUUUUCCAAACAUUGCAAGGUGUACUUUUACCAAAGAAGGAUGAGGGUUCAUCUAAGAAAUCUCGACGAUCAAAGAAGGCUGCUAAGUCUACUCCUAAGCAGAAGGUGCAAGAACCACGAGUUACGAAAUCUCCAAAGAAACAACCUAAAGAAGUGGAGAAAGUUUCGACAACAGUUCCUGCUCUUGUUGAAACUGAGGCUGUUGAAACUGUCAAAGAAACCAUUUCUUCGAAAUCUGGUGUAUUUAAACGAAUCAAGCAGAAAGUUCGUGAUUCAUGCAAGUCUCCGGAGAGAUCUUCAAUUUUUUCUCCGUCUUUCACUCGUAAGGCUCAUAUCACACGAAAAGGGGUUAUGAUUCGAGAAGUACCUGCUCAUGUUUCUCCUUCUUCAAAGAAACGCAUCGCUGAAGAUAUGGCGAAACAAAUUUCAAAGAAAACCAAGAAGAGGAAAUUGGUUCUUCAACAUCCAUCAUCAGAAGACGAAGAAGAGGUUCCUGAAACUCCUGAAUUUGAACUUUCAACGAAAGUUUCAUCUCCUGAGAAGACACAAGUCAUACCACCCGAGGUUUCGUCAACUGAAUCAGUUCUUGAGGAGGUUUGA